ACGCCUCCGAAUUAUUGGACUUCAAAUACUACAAGCCCAACGUGGAGGGAAUCAAAGACAAAGCAGAGGAUAUACUGAAGGAACAGAAGAAGGAAAAUCCUGGUGGAAUUCCCUACAUCAUAUCGGCAGUUAAGACCUAUCCUGGAAAGUUCCUACUCUCGUAUAUAUCUGCCCCGUACUCGCUGUCGCCACGAGUUCGUUACAGUGACAUCCGAGGGCUUCAGAUUUCGAGCGCAGAUGUUCGGUAGGGUGAGCGAUCUACUACGCUGGUUCAAGAAACACUUUAGGGAUCCCGUCCCUGGACAAUCCACUCCGAGUACACCACGCGGCGCGAUGACUUCUAGGACACCUUACACUACUACGCCAGGAACAGUUAGCGGAAUGAAUCAAGAAGCAAUACAGCGAGUUGCACAGAACCUACCACAUCACAUGUUGCACUCGCUAUCGCAAGUGGCGAAUCAGACGCCGCAUCACUAUCCGCCACACACACCCGGAGCGGCUAGCGCUACCGGCUACGGCGGAGUACACACGUAUCCCAACACGCCGUAUACGCCGUCUGGCCAAACUCCGUUUAUGACCGCGCACCAGACGCCUCAUCACACUCCGCAUCAUGGCCAGCCUACUCCCAGAUACGGCCAACAAACCCCUAGCCAUCAUCAAGGGCCCUUCGUGCACCCGCCGCCGCCCUCGAUGACACCCAGCCAUCACAGGUCUGCUCAAUUGCACAGACCUACACCACCUCUGUCCACUCUUUUCGGCGACCCGACGGAUUGGAAGAAGGCCGCCGAGGAUUGGGCAGCACGUAUAAAAAGCGGUUCGCGAGUCUCCGGAUCGACGCCCAGGUACGAGGAGUCUAGAAGAACUCCACGUAACUAUGACGAGCCGGUCGGCAGAACAACGCCCUCCGGAAGGAGCAGACCUUCGUCUACGCGUACUCCGUCGUACAGAUCUCCGCGAGGCACCCCACAUACAAAUUCUAGUCCACGAAGUAUGUCGCUCAGCGGAGACGGUACUCCUCUGUACGACGAGAGCUAACGGGAUUGUGCAUAGCUGAUUAUAUUUAUUAGACAACGUCAUAUCACGCUAUGAAUGAAUAAUAAGAGUGCGCGUACUCUCGACGACGGGGCUUUCAUCCUGAGACGUCGAUUGCUAGCGAAAUUGAACCGAUCAUUAAUCGUUGCAGACAUGCAACACGUAGUAAAUUCUUCUACUUUUUUGCAUGCGAGGUUUCGUUUGCGAUCAAGAGAGGGAUCGCCGAUUGUAAACUACGGUGUUGUAGUGUACGAUUGUAAAGUAUGGUGUAAUUUAUUCUUUAACUAUUCUUCCUAUGUAUAUAAUAAAAUUUACGGAAACUUUACGAAGGCCUGAA